UAAUCUCCAGAGUUGUUUUAAGAGUAAUUUAAUUAGCGUGAGAUUAUUCAACAAUAACGAAGGAUCUAUCCUAAGAUCAAAAGAAGAUCCCCCGCACAACAUCUUGCAAUGCAUGCCUCGACAGAGCGAGGCAUCACGGGCUCUGCCGUCCUGUGGGCGAUAUUUUUGCUUGCGGCCGCGGCUGCACAUUCGCCUCCCCCAUCCAUCGUUAAUCUUCCUGCAUCUUCCAGCGAAUCUCUCAUAUUUUUUCCUCACGAAAUUCCCUCGCUCUCUCUACUUGGAGAAUCCUCAGGAGUAUUUCUAGAAUCAGCUCCCUACAAAUCCGAAAGACAGAUGGCGAUACGAGACUCAAUCCGUGAAGAUCAUGACUCGGCGAUUGCCGAACUGCGAACUCAUGCCUUGGACGACAGAGAGCAGCUCGUCUGCGCUGAUGGCUUUUCUGGCGACGUGACAUAUCACAUCGAAAGAAAAUCUCGAUCACAGCCAUCAACUUCCGCCAAUUUUAUUUACACGGUAGACAAGGAGGAUGGUCACUCCUUGAGAUUUCGGCGCUCCGUUGUAAGAGAUAAAAUUGAUGAUGAAAACAUAAAAUCAGUUAGUGGUGUUCUCACGCCCUCCAAUAGUUCCGAUUCUCAGAUAAACACACAAUCAACAUCAAGCAGCUCCAGAGUGUCGAGCUUCAGUUUACCGCCUACGAAGCAAACGGUGCGCAUUCAGGGGAUGAAUGACCAAGUGAAAUCUGCUAGCGCCCAAGGCAAAUCUGACACUCUGGAGGCGUCUGGACGUCACCGGUACAGCCCUAUAGAACUACGGCAUGACGACGACGAUGAUAGGCCUGACUAUGUCUUCAGGGAUCCUGGUCGUCAUGCCAACAGGAAUCAUCACAAUCAGAACCCAGAAGGAUCGGUUGACAUUGGGCACUCACAUGCCUCUGGUCAUCAUAGGUUUACUAUUCACGAUUCCUUUGACGAAUCAAAAGACGAUUUCAGCUCGUCUCAUCCUCAGACAUCCAAGGGCACGCUUGAUCAUCUCCGGUCUCCAUAUACCCAGUCCAAAUUUGGGGAAGUAGUUGAGCAUCGACCUCCGCCCCCGAAUCGUGAUCAUCAUGAACAUGAAAAUCAGCGAAUAAACUCGCAACUCGAAUUUGAUCCCUUUGCUGAGCCUCGUCCGUCUGACAUUAUCGUGCACCCUCACUCAUCUGACGACUACAGGGAUGUUGAUCAAGGAUACAAAUCGCCUCAUCGCAAAGAACGUGGCCAAUUGUCACAUAGCUCACAGUUAGACAGUUCGCGAUUCGUAACUGAUCGACACCCUUCUAGUGACCAAGACCAACACAAAUUUGUCGGCGAAGAAAAUAGUCAUCACUAUGAUGGAUCCGUCAUAUAUCGGCCGCGUAAACCAGACCAAGAGGAGCGUAAAAAAGUUUCUCCUCAUCAAGAGUCUCAGAUUGACGGUCAGCGCGGUCAGCAUUUCGGCGACUAUCAACACGACAGUCCUGACUAUCAACGCGAUGAAUAUGACCAAAUCAAUGACCACCGCUCUGGUCAAGGUGACGAAAGUCAUCAUGAUUUUUCAGAUGGCGGUCGUCAACAUGGGAACCAGCACUAUUUUAGUCAUCAACUGAAUAGAGCUAAAGAUCAGAAUAGCUUUGAUUAUAGAGAUGAACAGCAAAGGUCUCCUCAUAACAGCAAUAGCGACCCAUACUCUAAGAAGCCUUCUCACUCUCCUCCCAUCAUCCAUAGUUACUCUCACAACACAGCACCUGAUAGUGCAGAUCAUAUCUUAGAACUAUCUGGCAAGAAUACGAUUCCUAUCAUUUACGACCAGUCUCCGUUCCAACCCAUUUCUGGGCACACGUCAGCACCGGGCCAUGGAGCGACGUACUCGUUCAGUAGUGGGCACACGAGAGGCGCAGCUCACCAGGAUCAGCUCAACGAAGGAGGAGAUUUCUUCCAUGUUGAAGAGAAUAUAGAGGACCUUCCCGAGUUUGUUGAUACGGAGUCUCAUGAAAAUUCUCUCACAAAGUUCCGGAACGAUAUUGACAACCCAAUUAACGCAAUCGGAUUCUCCAACCAUAAUUCUUUGAGAAACCUUCGAUCUACAAAACCAAAUUCAAACUCCAUUCGUACACGCGGUAUAGAGCCAGCGUCUAACUAUAUCAACGACAAUUCAGCUAAACCACAUGAAGGAUCAUCAUUCUCAGAAGGCUCGAAUGAUUUCUCUGGACUUUCCCUUUACGAGAGCCCUCGCUUCCAGCCUACGCAUAAUCCUGGAUUAGCUUUUAACUUUCCAGGACCUCAUUCGCAGCUCCCCAUCAGGUCAUCACCCGGUGCUGCAUUUCGAUCCAAUCCUCCAUUCAACGACGCUGCCUUCCGACCAAACAACGGUCCUUAUUUCACGCCCCCUUCUGCUCCGCGAGGUGCAGGCACGGCGAUUGGUUCAUCUCUCAUGCAAUUUUUGAACAACUUGCCGUCUGUCAACUGGAGUGGCAGACCAGCAUUCAGAAGCCAUCCGAGGAAUGGCCAUAAUUUCUAUAAAUAAAUUUCUUCGCCAGCUGAACUUCGGUUGGCCGAUUUGAAGUGAUAGUAGCUGAAUACUGUGUCUUACAAGUUCUUGCUAUUCGAGUAGACUGUAGAGGGAAACUGUUGUUAUUUGUUAUGAAUACUUUUUUCUUUUGUUUCGUUGAUGAUUUUUAGAUUUGAUUAUUUUAUUAUCAAAACUCAGUGGGAAUUGGUAUCUAAUUUAACAUAUCAAAUAAUCGUGCAUGGCCCUGUCAAGAAUGUGAAAAAGCUAUUUUUGCAAUGUAAAAGAAAAUACUUUCAAGUCUCCAAUCAUACGUGAAGUAUUUACCAUAGUGUAGUAUUAACUGAUUAGUUUUUAUAUUAAUUUGACUACAAUUUUCCCUGAAAUUUGUAGGCUCUAUUUAAAAAAUUCUUGGGACAGUUAUUACUAGCCUAACAAAAUUUCAUAUGAUUGUGGUUUUUACGAUCUCUUUGCUUGUUGCGUUUCAUGUUCGAUUUAAUUAAAUAUAGUACAAUGUUUUUAUUUUCUUCAAUUACAUUUGAGCCAAUUGCGUCACCCAUCCAGAUGGGUUAACUUAGUCAACAUUAUCUUCAUUGAGUCAUGGGAGCGGUCUGAAACGGCACCUCGUCGUAAAAUUCGAGCUUACUCGUCAUGCACUCAAGUUGAUGUCUAUUAACGCAGUUCCUCAAUAUCUUCUGAAAUGCCUCCAUCGCAUUAAUU